CGGCAUCAGCUAGCUCCUACCAGCAAGCGCACAACAGCUACGACUCAUACUACCUUGCUUUACGUUCCUUCCUCGCAAACCAUAGUACCGAGAGACAUUAGAUCCGCUGGUCAAACCCCCAUCUACCUACUCAACUCAACUUCCAACAACCACCUAGCUAGCGACGUACCUUUUAAGCACCAGACCAAAACCGAGACAAACCAACCAACCAACCAACCAAAACCAACCCGACCCAACCCAACCCACUUAAAAUGUCCUUCGACACAAUACUCCCCCCUUACAAUGCCUCGGACCCAACCGCCCGCUUCCUCGCCUCCUCCUGUCUCGAUUUCUUGCUUAUCGAGCUAGUCCCCAUGGCGUACAGGAUAACCAACCAGCUCGACUCUUCUUCCGCGGAACCUUCAGCCUCUUCAGUUGGUGAUGAUGCGCAAAGAGGAGGAGGAGGAGGAGGAGGAGGAGGGAGUGUGACCGGGAGUGUGAGCGCAAAGAAAAUGGAUGAAGAUGAAGAAAGGGAUGCUGUAUUUGCUAGGUUGGAAGGAUUGGGGUAUAGGGUUGGGCAGGGGUUGGUUGAACGAUUCUCCCGCGACCGACCACGCUUCAACGACACGCUGGACGUCAUCAAGUUCCUCUGCAAAGACCUUUGGACGCUGGUGUUUAGGAAACAGGUGGAUAACCUCAAGACGAAUCAUCGGGGCGUAUACGUCCUAACAGAUAACUCCUUCCGCCCACUAUCGCGAAUGUCCGCAGAGACAAGUAGCCAAGCCAUAGCCAGAGCGCAACCGUUCCUUUGGUUUCCCUGUGGUGUGGUCCGCGGCGCCCUCGCGGCAAUGGGCAUCACGGCGACCGUCACGGCCGAGUCAAGCGAGCUUCCUGCGGCGGUGUUCCAGAUCAAGACAGUCAAGACGCAAAACUGAAUGAUUUGCUACUUUCAAUUGCACAUUAGCGAAUGGGGCUUUUAAGCUUUUAUACUUAAUACAUCGCUGCCUAGACCUUCAUUCUCAGCGCAUGGCAUAAGCCGGGCACUCUGAGCCCAUCACUAGCGGUGUUUAUUAUGGUAUAGUGGAAGAAAGCAAAAGUACAAUUGUAUUGUUACAAAGCUCCAUGGGACGUAGACGUGAGACGUUGGCAAAGAGCACCAUAACAAGCAUGGCGCACGAUCGAUUUUCACACCAAUGUACCAAUACACUUUCAAAUCACUCGAGCAGAAGUGCAUAAGAUAAAGUUUAGUUUCGUCCCCCCAGCGACAUAGUAGUCCAGUCUUUUCAGGCAUACAGCAACCAUACGCCCCCAUAUCCUUACAUAGGGCGCAAAGCGGCGUUUGCGAUAAGAGUCUCAUUCGUCAAGGCGACGGGUACUGGACCCGGCGCACUGAGAGGAAGCUGAUGACACGUGCGAGGGGAAGAGAAUGGGUAUCGGUCGUUCGGGUCAUAUCAGUCGUCGAUUAUCC